UAACGGUUAGGUGAACAACUAGAUCUUUACCCUGUGAAGUUAAGUACGUACUGACUGCAUGUUGGUGAUGGAUGGCCCAAUCCAACCAUGAGCAAGCAAAAGAAAUCCACCCCAAUCACUAGUGUGAGGAGCUUCAAGCUCAUCAGUCAGAGCCUGUCUAUCAAUGACAUCAACUUCAAGAAGCAAACCAUCUCCGGGACCACGGAGCUGGAGGUGCUCCCCCUGACUGGGACGGGGAAGCUAUCGAAGGUGAGCCUCAACUGCAAGCAGAGUAGGAUCAUCCAAGUUACUGUGGAGACUCAGUACAGUGCCAAGUACUCCUACGUUGACCCCCUACUCUCAGUCUGCCCCCCUGACACCAAGAAACGCAACCUAGAGUAUUAUGACCACGCCCACCAGGAGAAGCUGUGGUCAUGUGACCCCGACAGCGGACCCACGGCCGGAGAGCUCACCAUCAAGAUACCCAAAGAUGUGUACAGCACUCCAGGACUGAGAGAUUUCAAGCCUCUAAGGAUCCUGAUAGAGUUCUCUCUGGAGCAGCCCAAGGGUGGAGUGCAGUUUGUGAUACCACCUGGAGGCUCUGUGGAGCAUACUCAUAUGUACACCUACGGCUGGGAGAACUCCUCAAGGCUAUGGUUUCCGUGUGUGGACACGCACACUGAGCUGUGCACCUGGUCACUUAAGUUUGUAGUUCCUCCUCAUAUGACCGCAAUCAGCGUAGGAGACCUGACAGAACAGCUCAUCUCCAGCGAUGGUCGCAGGAAGGUGUUCCACUACAGUCUGACCAUCCCCACGUCCGCCCCCUGCAUAGGCUUCACUGUGGGGGGAUUCGAGGUGCACCCUGACCCCGUAAUGCAGGAGGUCACUCAUUUCUGUCUCCCUGGAUUAAUGCCCCUGCUCAAACACACGGUGCAGUGUGCGCAUGAGGUGUUUGGAUUAUUUGAGGAGCUUCUGAGCAGUCGUUUCCCGUACUCCAGUUACAAGAUAGUGUUUCUAGACCACACCUAUCAGAGCACCGCCAGCUAUUCCACCCUCAGCCUGUUCAGUGUGAACCUUCUCCACUCUGCUCGUGUCAUAGAUCAGGUGAUCCCCACUCGGAGAGCUCUAGCUCACGCUAUUGCUAGGCAAUACUUUGGCUGCUACGUCUUACCUCAAUCAUGGAGUGAUUGGUGGUUAACGACUGGGGUCUCCCAUUUCCUCGCUGGACUCUACUGUCGCAAGGUGUUUGGAAGCACGGAGUACCAACAUUGGGUACUCACCGAGCUACAAGGAGUCGUCAAGGCGGAGUCUGAGAGCCACCUCUCCCCUCUGUCCGAUAGUCUGGCCUCCACACCCUCAGGCUACAGCGGAGGUUUCACUCACCCCAACCUAGUGGGGGACAGGAGGUUGGCCGUGCUCACGUCAAAGGCUCAUCUGGUCAUCAGAAUGAUACAACUCAAAGUGGGCAACGACCUUUUCUUACAGGUGUUCAACAAACUGUUGUCCUUGGCCUCCUCUGCCAGUGGUAGCUCUGACAUGGGCCUGUGGAGCAACCUUCUUGUCUCCACGUCUGCAUUUGUGAAGUUGAUUCUGACCGUGUCUGGCAAGGACCUCACGGCUUUCAUGGAGCAGUGGGUGUGUCGUGGUGGAGUUCCACGUUUCCACGCCUCCUUCACGUUCAUACGUAAGAAGAACAUCAUUGAACUGAAACUGAAACAGGACACGUCCAAGGGACAGCCGAGCUUUGUGGGUCCAAUGACAGUCGUGGUACAAGAGUUCGAUGGUUCCUUCUCUCACACCAUCCAGGUUGAGGAGAGUACCACCUCUCACGAGCUGCAGUGCCACUCCAAGAUCAGGAAGGCCAAGAAACGCAAAGUGCCUCUGGGUCACGGUGAGGAGGUGGACAUCGAUAUCUCCAGUCUAGACUCAGAGGUCCCUGUACUGUGGGUGAGAGUGGACCCUGAGUUUCAAUGGCUGCGGCAGGUCUUCAUGGAGCAGUCGGACACCGUCUGGAACUGUUUGCUCAAGUUUGAAAGAGAUGCUUGCAGUCAGUUGGAGGCACUGCAGGCAUUAGAGGGCUUCCCCUCAUCCUCCACUAAGGAUAUUUACAGAGACACUCUGCUGAAUGGACACUUCUACUAUAGAGUCAGGAUGCAGGCAGCACAGAGCCUGGCCAAGUACCUUGUGGACACAGCCGGGUCUGGUAGCUCCCCCACGUUCCUGGUCUCUCUCUUCCAGCGGCUGUUUGGUUCCAACUCUCAUCAGAGUAUCAUCAGGUACAACGACUUCUUUGAUAUCACAGCCUACCUCCUGCAAAAGGCCCUCCCCCUGUGUAUCUGUGGACUGCGUACAGUUCACAAGCAGACCCCACGUGAGGUGGUGGGCUUCAUCAUGGACCUCUUCAAGUACUCGGACAACCAUAACAACAAAUUCUCUGACGGCCAUUACACGAGUGCCCUGAUUGAUGCUCUUGCGACCACCAUCACUCCAAUGGUGGCCAUGUCAGUGCCUCAGGGGGUAGAUGUCUCAAAGACACCAGCUCUGGCCCUCAGUAGAGAAAUGCAGUAUGUCCUCCAGGAGAUAGUGCAGAGACUGAACAUUGAGAAAGUGCUGCCCUCCUAUCACAAUACAGUCACUGUGAGCUGUUUGAAUUGCCUGAGGGUGCUCCAGAGGAACGGCCACCUCCCCUCUGACAGUAGCCUUUUCAAGGAGUACACAGCUUCAGGGAACUUUAUUGAAGUUCGAGAGGCAGCCAUCAAAUCAAUAGUGGACAUUGUACAGUCUGAGCAGAGUGACAGUGACCUCACGUUCCUGUUGGAUCUCAUUGAGAGCAAUGAGCCGAGAAUACAGUUGAUUGUAAUGAGGGAGCUAGCCACCCACCCUCCGUUUACCAGAAGGACUGACUCUGCCCUCGAUACUCUACCCCUCGUGGAGAGACUCUGGUCACUGCUCAGCUCCAAGUUCUAUUACGAUGUCAGAUUAAGAAAUGCGUUAGUUGACCUAUACAGUUCUCUGUACGGCAGACUGACCCCUACUUGCGUGCCAGAGGGGUUGGGUAUGGUCAUUGACCUGAAGGAGAGAGUGGCUCGCUCAAGUUUGACUGCUCCUGUCAUGAGCCCCAAGACAGCCGACGAGUCACCACUAAUGAAAGGGGCUUCCUCAUCAGGUGGUGGUCGUGGUGGCCCCGCCUCUCCUGCCUCCGUAUUGUCUCCUGGUGCUCCAAUGCUUCGGAUAACACCGCCCGAGCAUCCUCAAGUGGUGGCUAUUCGCUCGGGGCAGUCCCAACCACACUCCUCCCUCUCACUCAAGAUCAGCACGGCUCAUCUUAGGGGAAUUUCCCCCUCGUUAAUACUGCCUGAUGACAUCAUGGACAGGAGUCGCACUGCAAGUCCUGAGUCAGCACUUUCUCCAGGCACUGUUGGGAGUGAUGAGUCAGCAACUACGAGUCCCUAUCAGCCCAAGGCAAAGAGGCACAAGGGAGAACACAAACAAAAGCACAAACACAAGAAGAAGAAAUCUAAAAAGAACAAGCAUAAACACAAGCACAGCUCCAAGGACUUCAUAGAUGUAGAGUCCAUUGACUGAGUGCAUGAUCAUCACUUUUGUUAGUUUAACCCUUAAUUUGUGAAACGGAAAGGAACAGCUGUCUCUCACACCACAAACAAUUAACAAAGGAACUGUCUCUUAUAUAAUUAUCACAAACAAGUCUCACUUACCAAGUGCAUGCUCUUGUGAGGUGUAUUAUAACGAGUGUAUAACGUAACUGAAAGAA